UAGACAAACUCAGUACUAACAGUUCAAAACGCAUGCUCAUAUCUCAGUCACUUCAAACGUACGUAGGGCAGAUAAGAUACAUCAUUUUGUAUUGUCAGUCAAACAUAUAAAUUCAAUUCGUUUAGCAGUUGUUGCUGAAGUCUACUUAAUCGCUUUAAACAGUUAUAGUAUCAGAUAGUACCGGUGAUAAUGGUGGUACCCAAUGCUUUGUUAUUAGGAAAAUAUGAGUUUCCUGUCGUCGGUUAUGGUACCUGGCAGUCCAACAAUGAAGAGGAACUUGAAAAAGCUUUGAACGCAGCUCUAGAAACCGGAUACAGACAUAUAGACACAGCUUACAUAUACAACAACGAGCAUAUCAUAGGGAAAGUGCUUCAACAAUGGAUAUCUUCAGGAAAACUCAAGAGAGAAGAACUAUUUAUAACAACAAAACUACCUAUGCAAGCUAUACAUGAAGAUAGAGUUGAACCAUUCAUAAAAGAAUCUUUGGAGAGGUUGCAGCUGGAUUAUGUAGAUUUGUACCUGAUCCAUUUUCCAAUAUGUACCAAACCUAGAGAAGCAUACUCAAAAGUACCGUUCGAAGUUGACGACACAGAUCACAUAGCUGUCUGGAAAAAACUUGAGGAGCAGGUCGAUGCUGGAAGAACAAGAACCAUUGGCGUAUCGAAUUUCAACAUCAAACAAAUAGACAGGAUAGUGAAAAAUUCCAGAAUUAAACCUGCCUGUUUGCAGGUGGAAAUCCACGUGUUUUUGCAACAAAGGGAAUUGGUAGAGUUUGCUCAGAAGAACGGAGUGGUUGUUGUAGCUUACUGUCCAUUGGCUAAUCCUGGAAUCAAUAAAUUCUACAAGAAGUUAGGACUGCCGUAAGUACACGAACAUCGUGACGUAACA